AUGGGAACCACUUCAGGACCACAGUUCCUAUCGGAGGAUGGAUUACCGUACGGUAUGCCAAGUGGAGCAAGCCCCGCGCUGCACCCUAGCACCCCCUUCGGUAAUCAUCUUGCGCUUCAGACCACGGUCAAAGCGGAGCUUCUGGCUCAGAUGACCUCCCUUCGAAGGGAGAUGGCUAAACUCCAAGAACGUAACAAUCUCCUUUCGUCCAAAGUAGACGAAACCCAACGGUUGCUUAAUCAGCAGGAAACACAAAACGUUCAGACCACCGAAUCUUCCCAGAGUCAGCAGACCCCCGGUCGGCAGAGGAAGGGAAAGCAGGGGGCAAAGGCAACGCCCGCGCCCUCCAAACAGCUGGUGGUCCCAGCACCCCCAGGACCAACCUCACGUACCGAAGAAGGUGUACACCGAUUGUCGUCAUCGGAUCAACGACAAGAAGGAUGCCGAACGGCAUAG